GAGCCACUGAGAUUGCCCCAGGUGACCAUGCUUAACGGGGAGACAAGCUCCUCCUCAGCUAAGAAUGUGGUCCGGAGCUCCAGCAUCAGCGGAGAGAUGUACAACGUUGAGAAGAAUAACGGAGGCAACCCAGAUUCGGCUAGUCUUUCAUCCAAUAAGAAGCGGCGAUCCAGCCUGGGGGCCAAGAUGGUGGCUAUUGUGGGGCUGUCACAAUGGAGCAAGAGCACGAUGCAGCUCAACCAUCCUGAUGGGGGUCCAAAGAAGCUUCGUAGCAACAUCCGCAGAAGUACGGAGACUGGCAUUGCUGUGGAGAUGAGGAACAGGGUCACCCGGCAAGGUAGCCGGGAGUCAACCGAUGGAAGCACCAAUAGUAACAGCUCCGAUGGCACGUUUAUUUUCCCCACAACCCGGCUGGGAGCCGAAAGCCAGUUCAGCGACUUCUUAGAUGGGCUGGGGCCGGCACAAAUUGUGGGACGGCAGACACUAGCUACUCCGCCAAUGGGUGAUGUUCACAUUGGAAUGAUUGACAGGAAUGGACAGCUGGAGGUAGAAGUAAUAGAGGCCCGGGGCCUCACUCCGAAACUUGGAUCCAAGUCUGUUCCUGCCACCUACGUCAAGGUUUAUCUGCUAGAAAAUGGCGCUUGCUUGGCCAAGAAGAAAACAAAGACGGCCAAGAAGACUUGCGACCCAUUGUACCAGCAGGCUCUGCUCUUUGAUGAGGGCCCUCAGGGCAAAGUGCUACAGGUGAUUGUUUGGGGAGAUUAUGGGCGCAUGGACCACAAGUGCUUCAUGGGAAUGGCCCAGAUUGUUCUAGAAGAGCUGGACCUGUCCAAUGUGAUGACCGGUUGGUACAAGCUCUUUCCCACCUCCUCGCUGGCGGACUCCACCAUCGGACCCCUUACACGUCAGCUGUCCCAGUCCUCUCUAGAGAGUUCAAUAAGUCCAUCUUGCCCUUGA